AUGGGCAACGAAAUGGCAGCAAUGCCUGCUGGGCACAUAGCCCAAGCCGUGGGCAAGGGGGCUUUAGGCGCCCCCAACCCAAGAGUUGUGGCUCUUGCUGCAGGCGCCGCUGGUGGUCUAGCGGCAGGGGCUCUAUUUAAUGCCCCAAGAGAUGAUGACGAGGCUGCUAGGCUCAGGCUGCUCAGGGUCAGGUCCUCUAGUGAAAUAAAGUUCUGUUUAUACUUUCAGAAUGGUAAGUCUCAGAGAAUCGGUCUCUACGAUGCCUCUUUGAGUGGGGACCUGAACUCGGUGAAAAGUUGUCUUGUAGAUGGUACGAGUGCCAAUUCUUCCAAUAAACGCAACAGAGAACGCACGCCUUUACACGCAGCUGCUGAGAAAGGUCAUGAAGGAAUCGUCAGACUUCUCUUGCGAGAAGAAGCAGACGUGAACGCGAAGGACAGAGAAGGUUUAACUCCUAUACAUUUAGCUGCUUUGAAAGGUCACGUCAAUGUCUUCCGUCUGCUUCUGAACGGAGGAGCAAACAUCAACAUGAAAGCUAAAGGGAUGAAAGUCAUACACUUCGCAGCUAUUGGAGGCCAGGUACUCCUUCUAGAGGUUCUAGAAACCGUCUGCGAGCUGAGUGAAAAAACGGACUGCGGUAUGACCCCCUUGCACCUGGCGGCCAAACAAGGCAACUUGACGACAGUUCUGUGGCUCGUGGAACAAGGAGUUAGCUUCAGCCUCAGGGACAACAGGGGAAACACAGCCGAGGACCUUGCUAGGGAGAAAGGCCACACGGAAAUUGCUGGCUAUCUGAACAGCUGGAUUCUCCUCCAGCAAAGGAAGUUUCUUCAAGUCGUUGCUCAAGGAAAACUCGUGAAUAUCAUGUCUUUCUUUAAAGCUGGAGUCGAUGUAGACUGCAAGACACAGGAAGAAGAUGAAUGGGGUCUUAGAGCUAUCCACUUAGCUUCUCUGUAUGGGCACUUGGAAGUCGUCAAAGCUCUUGUGGUAUUUGGGGCCAGGAGGGAAGCCGAGGAUGACAUGGGUAGCACAGCGGUUCAUUACGCGGCUGCAGGAGGCCACGUCGGCGUCCUGAAAUUCCUGAAGGAGAACGGUUGCAAGUUGGACGUGUGCAACAACCUCAGCAUGACGCCCCUCCACUUCGCUGCCAUUCGCGGGAAGACAGAGACCGCCAGCUGGCUCUUGGAACAAGGGGUGGUGGAAGACACGAAAACGAGCACAGGUCUCUCGGCUGCCGAUAUUGCCAAGAGGGAAGGUCACUUGGCGCUGUCGAGGAGCCUUGGGAAUAGCACGAGCAGCUUGGAAAGGACUAAGAUUUCCAAGGGAAACACUGCUCUGGUUUCUAUCAAGAAAAAGCUGGGAAGUGGAGCAUUCGGAACGGUGUACCUAGCUUCUAUGAACGGCAGGGAGAUUGUUGUGAAGGAGAUAAAGCUGAACAGCGAAUCCGAGAAAGAAGACCUGAAACCCGACGAGUCGGAGGUGCAGAUUCUUAAAUGCUUGAAACAUCCGAAUAUAGUUACAUUUGUGGGAUGCCAUGUCGAAAAGAAUACACUCAACAUCCUGAUGGAGUGCUGUAGUGGAGGGGACUUGGCCCAGAGAAUCAAGCAGCAGAAAGCCAGGAAAGAGGUAUUCCAGGAGAGACUGGUUGUGAACUGGGCGAGGAAGAUUGCCUCUGCUCUGCACUACAUCCAUCGCAAGGGAAUUCUUCACCGAGAUCUGAAGCCGGAAAACAUCUUCCUGUCAGGCUCAGAUUCCAUCAAAUUAGGAGACUUCGGAUUGGCGAAAUUAAUCGAAGGCAAGAGAUAUGCCACGUCUGUCGUGGGGACUGCGCCCUAUAUGCUAAUCCACAAGAUGGAAUAUGAUCUCUUCCAGAGUCCAGAGGUCCGCAAUCAGUGUCCCUACAACGAAAAAUCUGACAUGUGGUCAUUUGGUUGUAUUCUGUAUGAGCUGGCUUCCUUUCAGAAAGAUUUCACUAAUUUCAAGGUGGACAAGAUAUCAAAGAAAUUCAACAGUGAAUAUAUAAAACUCGUUUCUUCAUUAUUGGAAAAGGAACCUGUUAAACGACCCUGUUCUUCCCAAGUCAUUAGUCUUCCGUUAUUUAAGACUAGUCGACCGAGAUCGCACCAUCAAGAGAUGUACCAACGACAGUUGACAGAAGCUCUGAGGGAUAUUGAACGAAACACGAAUAAUCUGUUGAACCUAGUGCUAAGCCUCUGAUUUCCAAAUGGAGGUAGUACUGCUUUGCAAACGGAACAUCGUUUUUCUUAUGUUUGGCACUGUUCAUUGCACAUAACAACAGAUUUGUUCUAAUGGUAUUAACAGGGUACUUUUAUUUGGUCAGAGCAAAGUGACAAAGUUUUGUCUUCCCCUUCAUGUUCAGGAAAUAUUAUUUCCCUUUCUGCAGACAAAAAUAUUUUUGUCUUAUUGCUUUAUAUAUUCAGCAAACAUUCUGUAAAAUCAUAAAACCAGGUUUUUACACAAUCAAUCAGCAUUGCUGUAUUUAUUAGUUUUUGGGGGGUGAAAAUAUAUCUAAUUGUUUAUGAAGCUUCAAGGGUAAUAUUAAUCAUUUUUUUCUCGGUUCACUUAGAAAUCCCAUGAUUGUAAAAGGAAGUCCAUAGGUGGUAGACAAAAAGGAAAAAAAUGUCAUUCCUACAAACAACAGCCAAACAAUAGUGGACAAAAGUUCACAGAACAUUACGAAAUUACCAGGUGUUUCGUACUUAGUAAAACAUAUGUUUCAAGAUGGAGUGGUAAACUGACAACAAUUCAAGUGCCUUCCGCUACAGUGGUGUAGAUGUUCUAGGGUUCUUGUGCGUCAAGGAGAAAGUACUGUAAAAUUUAACUUGGAUCGGAUGACAAAACUUUAGAAGUUUCUUGAUGAUUCCUGUGGCAUUGUUUCUUUAAACUUAAUCUUGCAGAAGUUGACGGUACCUCUCAAGAAUCAAUCAAGAAAGUUAAGAUAUGUGAAGAUAUGGAUAAACAUUUCAUUCCUCUCAUCUAAGGUUUCACACAUGAAAUUACUCUGAGGAUUUGUGACAGAUACCAAAAUAAAAGUGAGAAAAUAAUAAAGCACCCAUAAAUCCAUUGAUAUGGUUUGCUACAAUACAUAAUUCUCCAAAACAAAAAAUAAUUGAAACUAUAAAUAAGAUCAUACCAGCUAGUGAAAUGACAUUGGCAAACAACCUGUUAUGGCCUUAAGGUCGAAGAGAUAACCAGCCUAAUUAUCAUCAUAUUGGAGCAGAUUUGUUUCUUUUCAUUUCAGUCAAAGGAAGUGAAGCCAGUUUAAGCUACAAAACAUGAUACCAAGUUAACAAUUCACGUUAAACUGAUCAAGCGUCGAUGGUAAGAAUCAAAAGGCUUUCUAGCAGCUUAGCUUAUGUUCGUUUGGUAUUAAAAGUAAGACAUGUUAUUUUACCACUCGUAUACCAAAGGGCUUUUAAGUGGGAGUUGAGAGUCUGUAACUAUGGACUUGCUAUAGAAUAUGUAAGGAAAUACUGUUCUAGUAGCGAGUAAAUGUUAAACAUAAUCAGAACACUAAUGAUGACAACACUGUAACAGUCGUAGGCCUUUUGUUUAAAUGGAACCCCAGCACUUCUUCUAGAAUGCUAUAUUCAAAUUAUCAUGCUUUAUAUAUGAAUAAUUACACCCCUAUUCAGGUGCACUGUUUCUAGUUCCUUCGCAUUAGAGUGAUAAUAUGCUAAUUACUAAACAAGAUUUUCUCCACGUAAAUUGGUACUUCUUCGCUGUAGAGAAGAUUCUUCAUAACAUUUGCUGUAACAACUACCAGAAUUUCAGUAUCUGUUUCCAAAUCGCUGGAAAACCAGUUGACCAUUUAUUUCUCUUGAAACGUAUCAGCGAAGCUAUUUGUAGCUUGGCAAAACGCCACUGCAAGAUACGACCAACGAGGAGAACUAUAGACAAAGAGUCGUUUCUUUACUGCUCGGCCAAUUGGUGAAGUGUGUAUGGAGAAUUAGAAGGGAUACAGGACAGCAAAAGAUUUUUAAGAGUCAGAGUGACUGAAUCAUGGUGUAGAAUCGUGGUGAGAGACUACAACUUGCCUGGAAACACAUUGGAAACUGGGCUCAAAACACAAUAAGAACUGCAUUGAAAGUGAUAAAGUGGCCUGGGAAACACAAUAGAAGCUGGCUUGAAAACGCAGUAGAUACUGCCAUGAAAGCACAUUAAGAACUGACCUGAAGAUACAAUAGAGACUGGCCUAAAAAUACAAUAGGGACUGGCCUGAAAACGCAGGAGAAACUGGCCUGAGAAUACAAUAGGAACUGGCCUGAAAACGCAGGAGAAACUGGCCUGAGAAUACAAUAGGAACUGGCCUGAAAACACAGGAGAGACUGGCCUGAAACUACAAUAGGAAAUUGCCUGAAAAUAACAGAAAUGAAGUUAAUUUCUUGCAAGUAAAGAUUAUGAAGAAGGAACACUGGAAAAUAAUUUCCACCGUUCCAACUAACUUAAAUCUCUUGGUUACAAGCGGCAAGGAGGGAAAAUCUUAUGUUGUAGAAUGUACGAUAUUGGGAAUUUCACAAUUCAAUGUCAUCUCAAAUAGUAGCUGAAAGAAAUAUGAGUGACAAUUAUUUUGCAGACUUGUGAAACCAAGCCGUCCAUUUGUAGAUGCAAUAUGGUACAAGAUAUUUUAUCACAGACUUAAAGUUCAGUUUUGUUUCAGAAAGCAUGAAAACUUAAUCUUGAUAAAUGCCCUUUUUUCCUGUGCAAAAUGGUGCUUGCAUUAGUUUGUAAAUGUAGAAUGUGAUAAGGGUUUAGAAUUAUCAUAUAAAUGAUGAACGUAGUUCAUUAAGGGAUAUGGAGAUUUAAAUGUUGGCCUCUAUGUAACAAUAUUGCGGAGUUAGAAACGUCUCCAUAGAUUGCUGUGAUGUGUGGUAGAUGACAGAAAAUAAGUGUAAAACUAAAAAUAUAAGAAAUUUUAUUUGCUGUUUCAGGCAAUAUGAUUGGAGGUGGAAUAAUUAGCUAAUCUUGUUGAGCCCUGUGACCUCGCGGAUGUAUUUUUGUACCUGGUGUAAUAAAAACGUUUUUAAGAAUUGUG